UUGGGUCAGAUCGGCUCGUGGAGUAAGCAGUCAAGAGAGACUUGGACUAGAGUUAGCCACACGGUCCCCACGCGAAGGACACGAGAGCUGUACACUGCCACCCCUUUCCGCUCUUCCUCCUCUCCUUGUCCCACUGUUUGAGGCUGCACUCGCACUCCGCAUCUGUCACUUCAGAAGAACUGUCAGCGAGAUGGAAACUACGACCAUCACUACCACGCAGACUGCAUUCACCUUUGGACUUACUGAAAGACGCGCCAGCAUCAGUCUGCACGCCCCGGCGCAGGACUGCGCAGUCCCCGCCGUGCACCCCAACAGCAGCGCUGCUGGCUACCAAAGCAAAACCAAGGUGCUGAAGAGACAGCGCUCCAGCUCGCCGGAACUCCUCCGCUGCAAGCGGCGCCUGAGCUUCAACGGCCUCGGCUACUCCAUCCCUCAGCAGCAGCCUGUGGCCGUUGCCCGGCGGAACGAAAGAGAGAGGAACCGGGUCAAACAAGUCAACAUGGGUUUCCAGACGCUGCGUCAACAUGUGCCUAACGGCGCAGCCAACAAGAAGAUGAGCAAAGUGGAGACCCUGAGGUCUGCGGUGGAGUACAUCAGGGCUUUACAGCAACUUCUGGACGAACACGACGCUGUGUCCGCUGCUUUCCAGUGCGGGCUGCCAUCCCCGACGCUCUCCAACAGCUACUCCGCCGACCCGGAGUCGCCUCACUCCACCUACUCAUCGGAUGAAGGUGGCUACGAGCCUCUGAGCUCAGAGGAACAGGAGCUGUUGGACUUUACAACCUGGUUCGACAGGUACUGAGGCUGACAGCAUCAGAACAACACAGCAGCGUCUGUGCGUAAAAGCGGCUGUCUUCUUUCAGAAAUGCUGACAAAGACUUGAUAAAGGCAUCAGAUCAGUCUUGCCCUCCGUGCUUGGAAGUGAUCUGUUGCCUCCCUCCCUCACCCGGGCAGCUUCUGCAGGAGUAAAGCAAUAGUGAGAAAGAGAGGGAGAGAGAGAGCGAGAGGGAGGGAGGGGGAGCCUCUUGUUGCAUAAAUAGUCGCCCUGAUGUCCCUACAAGAAGGAGGGAGUUGGACAGUGUAACGUUGACGCGUGGAAGUAAAGAACUGUUGAUGUUAUGUUUGAAUAAGUGCAAUUAAUACGUGACACAGCAGGCUCUGCAGAGACAGUGCUGUAGAUCAAGAGGACUUGUUUGAUGAGUGUUUCAUCAGAGCAGGACUGCCUUCCUCAGCUGCCACGUCUGUUGGAAGACAAAACAAAGAUGAUGCGUCUACAGACUUUUUUUUUUUCUCCGUGAUGUACAUUUCUUCCCUUUCCUAACGAAAUUGUAUUAGCCUAUACAACGAGUUGUUUAACAUGAAGACAUAUUUUUGUACACUGAGUCAAGCAAACAAUGUUCUUGAACAACAGUCACUGCCACUUUUCCUGACAGCGUUUAGAGAACUGUGCUGUCAUUGAGGAAAUGAGUUGGCAUGUAUGAGUUGUGUGACUGGACAGCAAUAUCAAGGCUACUACCUGUGACAGAUUGUAGUUGUUUUGUUUUUCUAAAAUAGGUGGUAAGGAGACCUUUAUUAAUGUAUGCACUUGUUCUCCAUUUCCAGUAGCCUAAAAUG